GCGGCCGCCGCGGCGGGAGCGGAAGCCGCGCGCCCUCCCGGGAGCGCCGUGGCGGGAGCGGAGCGCGGAGUAACCCCAUUUCCCUGCGGGAUUUUCUGCCCCGAUGGCGAGGGACGAGCGGGUGACGCUGCUGGAGGUGCACCAGGCACUCCCGGAGGAUCAAUUCCAGGACCUGAAGUUCCUGCUGGAAAGGAAAAUUCCUGCCGCAUUUGUGCUCCCGGCAUCGCGCCCCGAGUUGUGCCGGAUCCUCCUCCAGCGUUUCCCGGGGAAUGCCCUGCAUGAAACCGCCAGAAUCCUGCGACAGCUCGGCCGCCUCGACCUCAUCCAGCGCUUCCAGCUGCCCCUGGAAGAGCAAAUCCCGGCGAAAACUCCGUUGGAACCUAACGGGGACAGCCCCAGUGUGAGGGGGGACCCCACUUCAGGACAUCAUGCUGGAGGGAUUCCAGCUCCACCUGUGAAUUCCCGACGUUUGACGGAGAAGGAUUUGAUGAAAGUUGCCCAAAGAUUGGGAAAAGAGUGGCAGGAAGUGGGAAUUUUGCAUCUAGGGCUGGAGCGGAGCCGGCUGGAGCAGAUACAGGAGGAAAAUCCCGGCAAUCCCGUCAUGUGGAGUUUCGAGAUGCUGCGGGCAUGGCAGCGGCGGGAGCGACAUGAAGCCACAGUGUCCCAGCUCCUAGCCUGCCUUGAGCAUGCCCGGCUCGAUCCUGGAAUCCUCGACUUCCUCCAGAGCCUCCAGGGGAAUUGAGGGACCCCCAAACUCCAUUUCUGGGGGAGGGGAGUGUGAUAUCAAAUUAAUAUAAAAUUGGGACCAUUAAAUGCUGUUUUAUUCCA